AAAUCAAUGUGGACUUUGAUUCUCCUCAUCUGUUCCAUUCCCAUUUCAGGUGCUUUAUGGCCAGAGAAGCACGUUAUGGGAAUUUUGGGAAGAGCGAUCACAAUAUCUUGUCACUACGAAGCACGGUGGUAUCAGUCACACAUGAAAUAUUAGUAUCACGGAAGGGCUCGUCAGUGUACGGUUAUAGCAACGACAAAUUGGCCAAAUGGGAGAAUAUCAAUCACUGAUAACAAAGCACAAGGAAUAUUUCUUGUCACAAUCACGAAUCUUCAAUGGGGAAAUGCCGGACGAUACAGCUGUGGGAUUGAGACUCCUGGCCUUGACCCAAUGUUUAAUGUAGAGCUGCACAUCUCUGACGAAGCUGUCUCUGUUCCUGGACUCCGAUAUUUAUCCCCACCAUAUGUUUCAUAUUCUGGAGGUUCAGUGACAGUCUCCUGUGAGUCUGCCCGGGGAUCUCUCCCCAUUCACUACACAUGGUCUGAGAAGACCCCUUCUCAAGAUUUAAAGAUAUCUGACACCAAUAAACCGGAUCUACAUUGUCAAUCCUUCACACAGCAACAUCAUCAAUAUUACUGCACAGCCUCAAAUACUCAGGGAACAAAACCCAGUGAAAUUGUUCAUGUCUCAGUCAGCAAUGUAAGAGAGAAGAACUGCAGUUAUAACAUAAAAGCCAAUGGCAUCGACUUGGAUUCUGAAGAUGAUCUUGUUGUUGGUGACAUUGUUGAAGAGACUGCACAAGUGCUGGUAUUGGACUGGGGUGAUAUUGUUGGUGAUGUUGUUGGUAAUAUUAUUGGUGAUAUUGUUGGUGAUAUCGUUGGUGAUAUUGUUGGUGAUGUUGUUCAUAUUAUUGGUGAACUCGUUGGUGAUAUUGCUGUUGAUGUUGGUGAUAUUGUUGGCUCAGAAAACAGACCUCAAGAGGAUGGAAGUGACCACUGUCUAUGUCGGCAAGUGACAGCUCUAUGUGAAACCCGUGGUUUUAAACAAGUGGGAUAUCUGGGUUGUAGUUACCAGCCCAAGCCCUUUAACAAACCCCAAUGGAACACACCAACUCUCAGAUUCAGGGAAAAAAGUAACCGGGAUCAUCAUUGUGGGGAACUACAGGAGAUGGGAGAGAUACAGAACAAAUAUUUCGCAGGAGUUUCUACAAUGGAAAAUGACAUAGAGGCUAGGGAGCUCCAGAUCAGAGUCGCGAGUGUGGUGCUGGAAAAACACAGCAGGGCACUCAGCAUUCGGACAGCAGUUUCAGAUGUUUUAUGGGCAGAGAAACAUGUUACUGGAAUUUUGGGAAGAGCGAUCACAAUAUCUUGUUACUACGAAAAUUGGUGGUACCAAUCAAACAUGAAAUAUUGGUGUCACGGAUGGACUCGUCAGUGUAAGUUUAUCGCAACGACAAAUCGGCCAAAUGGGAGAAUAUCAAUCACUGAUAACAAAACACAAGGAAUAUUUCUUGUCACAAUGAAGAAUCUUCAAUGGGGAGAUGCCGGACGAUACAGCUGUGGGAUUGAGAUUCCUGGUAUUUACUCUGACCUCAUGUUUAAUGUAAAUCUGCACAUCUCUGAAGAAGCCGUCUCUGUUCCUGGACUUCGAUUUUUAUCCCAACCAAAUGUCUCAUGUUCUGGGGGUUCAGUGACAGUCUCCUGUGAGUCUGCCCGGGGAUCCCUCCCCAUUCACUACACAUGGUCUGAGAAGACCCCAUUUCAAGAUUCAAAGAUCUCUUACACCAAUAAACUGGAUCUACAUUGUCAAUCCUUCACACAGCGACAUCAUCAAUAUUACUGCACAGCCUCAAAUACUCAGGGAACAAAACCCAGUGAAAUUGUUCAUGUCUCAGUCAGCAAUGUAAGAGAGAAGAACUGCAGUUACAGGAUACAGACCAACAGCAUCAGUGAACAAUAUACUUGUGCUGUUUCUUCAACAACAUCACCAAGAACUGCACAUUCCCCAAUUAUAACUGGAAGUUUCUCGACCAGUCAAAACCAGUCCCCAGGAAAGAAUUCCCAUGAAACUCUGAUUUAUAUUUUGGUCGGUGUACUGGGGGCCAUUCUGUUUGUUAUUGCUCUACUUUUGUACCUGAGGCAAAUCAAAAAGGGGACAUUCUGCAUCAUGUGUCAUCAGAGAACUAAGAGUCUUAAUGAUGAACAGGAAUUGCCUUCAGUGGAAGAGAACUUGGUAUAUGCAAACAUAAACUACAUUCAAAGGAACACAGCAGAAAGACAGAGAGAGAGAGGAAGCAACUUGAAUAAUGAUGAAAUCACAUACGCAGUGAUGGCAUUUCAAAAGAAAUCUUCAUCACUGAGAGGUGGGCUGGCAAUGCACACAGGUGACAACUCAGACAGUGUCAUCUACAGUGACCUCAACUUUCCAAACCAGCCACCAAAGGGGAAUAAAAAAGCCCCAAUGCACAACAUCCCUCAGGAAUCUGGAGGGGACGUUUAUGCUGAUAUUGCUUUUUAGGAAAACCAUGAUGAGAUAUUUAUACUGUUCAUUUUUCCUUCUUACUUUGUAUUGAAUUUUGUCUAUUGUAAGCUGUUAUUGUAAGUUUGGUUUCCUCAGCAGAUGGAAUCAAUUUAACUUUUAUUCCCAAGUCUGGGUCACUUGCAUUAAAUAACAAGAGCAGAAGUCUAAAAACCAAGGGGUUUGGCAACCCAAUCAAGUCCCCAUCUCCUGUCUCCCCUCACUCUAACCUCUGAGUCACAGAUUCCAGGUUCAAGUUUAAGUUUUUGUUCCACUCUCAUCAGGACUAAGCCACAAAAAAACCAAACUUCAAAAGGGAAUAUCAAUAUAAACAGCAUGAGAAGUGAGUGCAAAUUGUUUGGAUAAUGUUAAAAAUGACACAACACCAGGUUAUAGUCCAACAGGUUUAAUUGGGGCUACCAGCUGAUGAA